GCCCCGCUCCCCCGCCCCGGGGCCACACAUCCCGGGGUCCUGCCCGGCUGCAGCACGUGCUGCCUGUCCCUGUGGUGUGAUGGGAUGCUCAUGCAGACGAGGCUGGUGCUGCUUCCUGGGGACUGCUGGGCUCUCUUGGUGCUGCCAGGGGGAAUUAGAGGGCGGUUUGAGAUGGAUGGAUGGAUGGAUGGAUGGAUGGAUGGAUGGAUGGAUGGAUGGAUGGCACACUGCAGCAUGGCAGCUGGGUGGGCAUCACUCUGCCCCCAGUGCCAAUCAUCUGAGCAGGGAUUUUCCUGCACCUCCUUGACUGGAGCCCUGACUCCAAGCCCUGCUUCUCCCUUCCCGAGCACUCCUUGGCCGUGGUCCUGUGCUGGCACCGUCAGCCCCGUGCUCGCCGCCUCCCGCCCGCUGCCGCUCAGCCCUGCCUUGGCCUGGGUGUUCCUCCCACAUGGAUGAUGGGACAUCCAUGCUGGGUCCCCAGCUGGGCCUGCUCUGCUUCCUCCGUCUCUGCUUCUGACCCCGCCGCUCUUGCUCGUUCCUGCUGCUCCACAGCGACUCUGCUGGUGCUUGGCCCCAGGCUUGGGCACAGCUCCUGCUGUUGCCAUCACGGGGCCGGGCACUCCGUGGUGCCAGGCAGGCCGUGGGGCCGGGUAUUCCAAGGGCUCAGCUCAUGCUCUGCCUCCCUCCUCCUGUCCCUCAUCCCCUUCCUCCUCCCCACUGCUGCUCUGCGAUCCCUCCUGCCGUGCUCCGCCUGCGCCCGGCACUGCGGGGAUGAUGUGCAGGGGUCUCUGUGCUGGUGUCAGGGGCUGGAGCCUGACGUGGCCCUGCUGGCUGGGCACUGCCUGUCGGGCAGCAGCUCCUCCGAGGGGCUGGGAAAGGCUGAGGCUCCUUGCUGGGGCCGAGCAGCUUGGAGAGUGUUUGACCUGUGCAUCCCCAGGGAGCUCCUGGCUUUGCCUGCGGGCAGCAGGCACAGGAUGGCGGUUCAGGCACCUCCCUGUUGCCAUGGUGGCUUGGGUGUCCUCCUGGCCCUGGCACUGUGGCUGACCCUGCUGCCUGGUGAGCAGACAGGAGCUCAGGGAUGCCUGAGCCCUCAGGGUGGGCACUGGGCUGAGUCUUGGUGCUGGGAAGCUAAAGUUGUGUCCAGAUGCUCAGCUGUGGGAAGGGCUCCUUGGAGCUGUCAGCUUUCCCAGGCCCUGUGUCCUGCCCAUGCUGGAGCUGGUUGCCAGCAAGCCCCUCUGGUGGUGCAGGGGUACCCAGGAGCUGGGAUCCUUCCAGGGCCAUUCUACGGGGCUCAGACCUCUCUGUGCAAUGGGGCUCUUGGGGAGAGCUCGGUACUGAGGCCGAGCACCGCGGUCUGAGUGAGGGCACCAUCCUGCCACCAAGGUCACCUUGGUGCUCCAGGCAGAGCUGGGUCUCGUGGGUGGCUCCUGUGCCCCACGGGGAGGGGAAGGGCUGCAGACCCCCAGGCUGCCCCUGCUGACACUCAUCUCUCCCCAGGUGAUGAGCUCCACCAACGGAGAGCUGAACACAGAUGACCCGACGGCAGGACAUUCGAACGCCCCCAUCACAGCCCCCACCGAGGUGGAGGUGACAGACGAUACAAAGUGCUGCUGUUUCUUCAAGAGAAGGAAGAGGAAAACCACCAAGCGUCGCAAGUGAGCUGCCAGGGCCGGGCGGAGCGGCGAGCGAUGGCUCCUCUCCCUCUGGCCGUGGCUGGAUCUUGACCCGCGGAGCCCCUGGGGCUGGACGGGGACGGGGGGGCCGGGCCGGACGGGCUCCCCCAGCGCCCCACGCGCAGCUGGGGAGCGGGGCCUCCCCAAACUGCUUGUCCUUUCCUCCGCCACUCGUGGCCGUUUACUCGAACCAAGCCCAACUUCGCUGAAGUUCCUGCGUCCGUCAAACAGAAAAAAGAAAAAGAGAAAAACCCACGGCGUCACUUGCUUUGAGUUUGUAACAAGUCUGAAAUGGGGAUCAACUACAGACUCUGACCCGUCGCUGUCAGAAGAAGACGAAGACAAUUUCGAGAGCAGUGGGCUAAGGAGGAAUAUUUUUUUUUUUCUGUUGCUUCUUUGUCUCUUAAGUUAAUUUAAAGUGAGUCUCGGUGCAGA